UUGGAAGGAUACGCCACUCGAGAGAAUUUCAAAGUUCGACCAACAUCCUACAAGACUAUGUACCGAUCAAAAGAUAUGAUAUUAAGGUCCAGGUACAGUAAGAAUGCAUUGUCAAAAAAGGAAAGUUCUUUAACGCAACAUUACAAUCACGACGAUGAUAAAAACAUAAGCGAAAAUCGAACUCAACAAUGCUUAAGGAAUUUGCAUUUAAGUAAAACUGUGAAACAAUAUUGCACAAAUAGUACUCUUCACGGUUUACGUUACAUUGGAGAUUCGAACUUGUCAAUUGGUGAGAGAAUCUUCUGGAUAAUUUCCUUUUCCCUAGCAGUCUUAACAGCAUCUUAUUAUAUUUGGUUUCUGUAUAAAAAGUGGACUUCAUCACCCAUCAUCAUAUCUCUCAGUCCAGAAUCAGCGUCCCUGAACGAGUUUCCAUUCCCUUCGGUCACCAUUUGUAACAUGAAUAAUGUUAGAAAAAGUGAAGCAACUCGUAUAAUUGCCGGGAACGAUAUACAAGAGAAGCUGUUAUUGGAGGAUAUGUGCGAUAUGGAAAACAACCAGUCGACUACUUAUUUCAACAAGAGUACAAUAACUUGGGAAAGCAUCAUGGAUUUUUUGAUCAACACAUCACAACCUUGUAAAGAUAUGCUGCAUUUAUGCAAGUGGCAUGGCAACGUUACAGAUUGCGAGAAGAUCUUUAACCCCACUAUGGCAGAUGAAGGAAUAUGUUGCAACUUUAAUUCAGUUCACAAAAAAUAUUUGUUUUAUAAUCCACGAGAUUGGCCAGACCUCAACAUCACAUAUCCAUCCAAUAGCAUUGACUGGAAUCCCGAAAUCGGAUACAAAAACGUACCGUCAGAUUCCAUACCAUGGAGGCCCUAUGGCGCAGGACAGUAUUACGGUUUGACUUUGGUUCUGGAUGCAGAUGCUGAAGAUUAUUACUGUUCAUCCACUGCUAGUGUUGGUUUCAAGAUGUUACUGCAUAAUCCAGUUGAGACACCAAAGAUUGCCGAAUUUGCGUUCUCCGUGACUCCGGGUGAGGAGACUAGAGUGAUCGUAACGCCCCGGAUAUCGACCGCUAGCAUGUCGAUAAUCUCUGUUCCCCAGAAACAGAGGAAGUGCUUCUUUACAUCUGAGAGAAAGCUACGCUAUUACAGAACCUACACGCAGAGAAACUGCAUCCUCGAGUGUGAAGCGAAUUUUACGCAGAAGAUUUGUAAAUGUGUCCAGUAUUAUAUGCCUAAAUCAUCCAAUACUCCUAUAUGUGGGAAAAAAGAUACAGGAUGUGCAACAGAUGCUCGCAGAGCAAUGGAAGUCGAACUUUAUGACGACAACAUUGGCAUAACUUCUAUAAAUCUUUCAGAAACACCUAGCUGCAACUGUUAUCCGGGAUGCUUCGAAAUCGGUUAUAAUGUAGAAAUCUCACAGAGUAAAUUGAUGGCCAAUGUUAUCGUUUCUGAUAACUAUGUGAAGAAAAGCAAGGAAUACUUCACUAAAAACAUGGCAGUGGUUCAUCUAUUCUUUGUCGAGUCUCAAUUCACGAAGUACAUGAAGAACGAUUUAUUUGGUUUCACAGAAUUUCUUUGUAACACAGGUGGUUUAUUGGGUCUCUUCAUGGGCUUUAGUUUCCUUUCUUUAGUGGAAAUCGUCUAUUUCGCAACGUUGCGGCUAUGGUGCCGCGUAUACAAGAACAGACACGCUACUCAAGAUAAUAUUCUUCACGUGCAACCAUUCGAUUCAAGUACUAACCUUGUUUACCCAUUUGUACAGUGAUUUGUUUUCAUUCUUUCAUUCUUGA